AUGCUUAGUAGCAAUCGCCUUGUUGCCUUCUCGGGAUGCAGACUUCAGACCUCGGGCGCACCACGGGCUUCUGCAUCUGCUGUCUGCCAUCAGAGUCACAAGUCGAAGUCAUUUUACUGCCCGCUGUAUGGUGAAGCAGACAGACGUGAGGCCUUCAACGGCGCUGCCGAAGGCGGCAGGGUGUCCAACGCCACCUCGCUGCCCACCAUCACGAGGGUGCCGGUGCGGACAUCAGGCACGAUAUGGGCGGAGGAGACGAGUGCUAGUCGGCCAAAGACCUCCAGGCUCCCUUCGGCCCGGGGUCAGGGGGUCUUCCGGCUCCAUCAUCUCGGCUUCGCAGCAUCGCCAAGACUGUCGGCUCCGGUCUCUGGGGUCCCGGCCAAGGACAUCCUGAAUCUGAAUCCUACCUGCAGGUCCGCACGAGCGGCCUUAGCCCAGGCACUCGGGAUUUAG